UUCCAAUUGUCGGACGAAUCAAGGCCCGGACGGGUGGACAGUCUUUGCGCGUUUGCUGGGUUCUUCUUCUGAGUUUUCGAAUCAGUGCGGUUUGAAUAGUAACGGAGAACGUUAAGGAUUUUAUCGAAAUUCCAUAGUAAGAUUGUGGGAAAGUGCAAAUUAUCAACUACUUCUGACGCGUCUCUCUAAUUAAAAGUUCACCUAAUUGUUUAAUACAUUUCGAGGCUGCAUAAAUUUAUAUUGAAUAGUGGUUGACUCAGAACGCCCCACGAGUAAGAAAAUGUUAAAGUUAAUUGGAAUCUUAACAUUUAUAUUGAUAACCCAUCGCAUGCAUGUACGCGCAAACUACUGCUACAGCUUGGAUCGAGAAAAACCCCAAAGACGAUUCUUCUCUGAUGCUACAUCCUAUGCCUACGUACGAGGUGCCGAGUAUGGAAGGCAAUACGCAGCACCAUUUUGCAGACCAUCCAAAUUUUGGCUAUUAGCACGUCAUGGUACUUCCCUACCAGAUAAACAGAUUCUCGAGAGUCUCGACGAAUUAAGAAUGCUUAGAAACGAAGUGGUGGCAAACAAUCGAAAGACAGCAACUAGUCGACCAUCAAAUGAAUCCCUUUGCGCAGAAGAUCUUAAAUUAAUUCACUAUUGGAAUCUGGACGGAAAUAUUACCGUGGAACAUUCGAACUACUUAACGAUCCAAGGAUGGAACGAUAUGAAAUCAUUGGCGAAGAGUUUUAAGCGAAUAUUUCCGGAUUUACUUGGUCGGGGAUAUGAUGUGAAGCAAUUUAUGUUUCGUUACACCAAUGAACAGCACACAGAAGCAAGCUACAAAGCGUUUGUUGAAGGGCUUUUCGGGAAAGACGCUUAUUUGAAUAUAAGCAAAGUAUCUCGCCCUAUAUACCCUCCCUUAUGGUUAGAGAAAUACAAGCCCAAGCAUCAAUUUGUUGAAGAGGUGAAUAAUUUCAAGAAAUCAUCAAUUGUCGUUCGAAUGAUAUCUGACGUAUCAGCAAGAUUGGGAUAUCCUUACCCUCUCACCAUAAACCUAGUGGAAUUGAUGUGGGACAUAUGCAGAUACGAACAAUCUUGGUAUAUGGACAGUCCAAGCGCCUGGUGCGCGGCGUUUACCCUCUCUGAUCAUAAAAUUCUCGAGUAUAUACAGGAUUUGAAGUCGCAAUAUCAAACAGGAUACACCAGCGAUUUUAAUUCAGAUACACCUUGCGAUGCACUUGAAGACAUGAUAAGACGAUUUGAAAAAUCUUCCGAUCCCCGCGUUGCGGUUUCGUUUUCGCACUCAUCCAUCAUACAAUUAUUUUUAGUUGCUCUUCGCGCAUUCAAAGAUGAUGUCCUAAUGACAAGUCUCAAUUAUAAUGAAAUGUGGGAUAGAAAGUGGCGCACCAGCCGAUUGACACCUUAUGGGGCAAAUAUAUUAGCAGUGAAAUAUGAUUGCUCUAGGGAUAAAAAGGAUCCUACCCCAAAAGUUAAGUUCUUCUUAAAUCAGCGUGUCCUGACGUUUCCUUGGUGCAAUGCUGAUCUUUGCAAAAUGCAGGAUAUAAUAAAUCAAUACAAUGCAUUUUGUAAGCACGCCUACAAUUCGGCAGAUUACAAGUAUUUGUCGUUUAUUUUUUUGAUCCCUUCACUAUUGACCUUACGUUAUUGACAAAUUAAUAAACCUUACUUUAUAUCCUUUUUCAUGAAUCGAUUUUCGAAGCCAUUCCUUUAUUUAUCAUACUUUUAUUUUUAUUUUAUGAUAAGUGAAUAAAUAUAAAUAAAUGA